GCUCCGGCAGCUCAGCUUGGGAAAGACCCCCUCCGGGCCAGGCCAAGGUCAGCAAGGUGCAAUGAACUGCCACUGAGGGACAGCAGGAGGCCCCUCUCCCUUUGCUACUGGACUCCUGGCCAGGACUUCUGCCUCUCCCUCUCUGGGUGACUUUGCAGAGGUUUGGCUGUGAGCACCGAAGGGGCAGCUGGCUGCAAGGCGGACUUCCAGGGAAAUGGUCUCCCGCCGGCGGAGCAGGAAUAAACUUUCCAGGCUAAGUUAGAUAGAUGGUCCCCAUUAGCCUGACGGGCUGCCGGCCUCCUGCCUCCCCGCCCGCUCCCUCGUCAAGGGAGCUGCCUGUGUGUGGGGGGGAGGCAGGGGGCUAAGAGCAUUUGGGUGGGGGCUGGGGGUUCCCUGCCCCAAGAGCAAGAAUGGUGCCCCCUGGGAAGAAACCAGCGGGAGAGGCCUCCAACUCCAACAAAAAGUGCAAGCGUUACUUCAACGAGCACUGGAAACAGGAGUUUACCUGGCUGGACUUUGACUAUGAGCGGAAGCUGAUGUUCUGCCUCGAGUGCCGCCAGGCCCUGGUGCGGAACAAGCACGGCAAGGCCGAGAACGCCUUCACGGUGGGCACCGACAACUUCCAGCGUCAUGCCCUGCUGCGCCACGUCACCUCAGGAGCCCACCGCCAGGCUCUGGCCGUCAACCAGGGCCAGCCCCCUUUGGAGGGCCAGGCUGAGGGAGGAGGGGCCUGCCCAGGCCUGGCUACCACGCCUACCUCCAGGGGCGUCAAGGUGGAGGUGGACCCAGCCAAAGUGGCUGUGCUGACGACUGUGUACUGCAUGGCCAAGGAGGAUGUGCCCGACGACCGCUGCUCUGCCCUGCUCGAGCUGCAGAGGUUCAACCUGUGCCAGGCGCUGCUGGGCACAGAGCAUGGCGAUUACUACAGCCCCAGGAGGGUGAGGGACAUGCAGGUGGCCAUUGCCAACGUCCUGCACACAGAGGCCUGCCAGCACCUGAAGGCCUCCCCCUAUGUGGGGCUGGUGUUGGAUGAGACCAGGGACUGGCCCGAGUCCCACAGUCUGGCCCUGUUUGCCACUUCGGUGUCCCCCUGCGAUGGCCAGCCUGCCACCACCUUCCUGGGCAGUGUGGAGCUACAGGAGGGUGAGGCCACUGCUGGCCAACUCCUGGACAUCCUGCAGGCCUUUGGCGUAUCUGCACCUAAGCUGGCCUGGCUCAGCUCAAGCCUCCCCAGUGGCCGCCUGAAGAGUGUAGGCCCCCAGCUGCGGGCCACUUGCCCACUCCUCACGGAGCUGCACUGCCUCCCUGGUCGGACAGACCCAGAGCCCCCUCCCUACCUGGGUGAAUAUGAGAGCAUACUGGAUGCCCUAUUCCGCCUCCACGGUGGCCCCAGUUCCCAUAUGGUCCCUGAGCUCCGGGCAGCAUUAGAUCUUGCAGCUAUUGACUUGGCAGGGCCCCGGCCAGUGCCCUGGGCCUCCCUGCUGCCUGUCAUAGAAGCUGUGGCUGAAGCCUGGCCUUGCCUGGUGCACACUCUGGAGUCUGCAGCCCCAGCGUCGCCUACGGCUGGGGCACUGGCCCUGGCCCUGCGCCAGUUCACCUUUGUGGCCUUCACACACCUGCUGCUGGACGCUCUGCCCUCUGUGCAGAAGCUGGCCCUUGUCCUGCAGCCAGAAGAGCCGGACUUGGCCUUGCUGCAGCCCCUGGUGAUGACGGCUACAGCCUCCCUACAAGCUCAGCGCGGCUCAGGUGGGGCCCGUCUCCAGGGCUUCCUGCAGGAACUGGCAUCCUCAGACCCUGACGCGGGCAGCGGGCGCUGCACCUACCGCGGCGUGGAGCUGCUCGGCUACUCCGAGGCUGCGGUCCGGGGCUUGGAGCAGCUCCGGGGGGCUCUCCUGGACUCCAUGCGGAAGGGGCUGCGGGACUCCUACCCAGGGCCCUCGCUGGACGCCGUGGCCUCGUUCGCGGCGAUCUUCGACCCCCGCCGCUACCCGCAGGCGCCGGAGGAGCUGGGCGCGCACGGCGAGGGCGCGCUGCGGGUGCUGCUGCGCGGCUUCGCGCCCGCCGUGGUGCGCCAGCGGGCACUGGGCGACUUCGCGCUCUUUAAGCGCGUGGUGUUCAGCCUGGGGCGGCUCGGCCCGCGGGCCCUGUGUGCCCAGCUGGCCUGCGAGCACUCGGAGCUGCACGAGCUCUUUCCCGACUUCGCUGCCCUCGCUGCCUUGGCUUUGGCGCUGCCCGCGGGCGCUGGCCUCCUGGACAAGGUCGGCCGCAGCCGGGAGCUGCGGUGGUGGGGGCAGAGUGGGGCCGGGGAAGGCCGGGGCGGCCACGUGGUGAAGAUCGCAGUGGAUGGGCCCCCGCUGCACGACUUUGACUUUGCGCUGGCCGUGGAGUUCUUAGAGAGUGGGUGGGGGGAGGGGCUCCUGGGGUCGCAGCUCACCUAAAGGUGGCCUCCUUCUCUCUGCCCAGCCAGCCUGGGGCCCUGGGCACUCCAAAGGCCAAGCUGGGCCUGACCGUGCUGCCCCCAAGCUAACUUAGUAGCUAGCUAUGGACUCCUCAGGUCUUGAGGCCGCCCACCUGCCUUCCCCGUGCUUCCUUUGCUAGCAGAGCACUAGCCCUGCCUUGUGGACUGCGGAGGAAGGGACUGGCUCCAGAGGGGCCUGGGCACGUGAGCAGGAGGUGUUAGGGUCUGGGGCACCCUAAGUUACUCCUGUCAUUUGCAGAGUUGGUGAGGAGUAGCUCACCCUUUACUCUUCUGGACACAGCCCAAGUUUUGGCCCUAGAAAAAAAGAUGGGGGUUCUUGCUUGAAGGGAAGAAACCUGGGCCUCGGGAAUUGAGAGGUGAGGAAAAGGAGAAUUGGCCCUUCCCUGUGUCCUGGACCCGCUCCUGACAGUAGCUCUUCUUUUCAGAUGUGACUGGGGAGCACCAUACUUGUUUUGACACACAGCACAGCACCCUCUCUGUGCACAAGCUAGUGGUUCAAGGGCACAAUGGUUCAAAAGCAGUAGUGGUGCCCUCCCUCCCCUCCUCACCAAUAGGCUGCCUUAGGGCUUUUCUAUAUGUGACAGUGUAUAUAGACCCAUAAAUCUAUAAAUGUAAAAUAAAUCUAUCCUAUCUUUCAUAGCGUUAACACACAAAAAUCUAAAAGGACUUCUUUUGGUUUUGCAAUGACAAGGGCCAAAAAAGUCCCAAAUGGGCUGAAUUUUUUGCUAAUUUUUUCUUCCUCAAAAUCUGCUUGCUCUGCAAGUUCCUAGCCCUUCCCUGCCCAUGCCUCAGACCUCUAAGACCAAA